AUGAUUCAUCACGCUUCACUACGGUCGCUAGGCACGAUGCUGCCUGGCCCGAUCGAAGCCUCGUCCAUGGUUUUCCUUCCAGCCAGUCCAUAUAACAGUCCAGCAACGGUUACAUUGUCCGCAAAAAGACCUGUUUCUAAACUCCGGACAGCAGUGAUUAAUUGUGGGCAGGAACUGGCUAGCAUUGCUUUUAGUCUUUGCCUGUGGCUUCCCAUAAUCAUCGGUAUAUUGCACGUUUAUGAUGGGCGCCCUCUGGCGGACUGGCCGCUUCCAAUUACACUCAACGCCCUUAUCGCUUUCAUUUCAACUGCCUGUCUUCUCAUUAAUGCAGGCUCUCGCUCAGCAACGGUGGGAUUGGUAUAA